AUGGUGAAUGUGUCUGCAGUUCGUGAUAGCCUGGUUCAGGCCGCCCAAUCCACGCGAGUUGCCAUGCGCUGUUUGAAUACCGGACGAGACUCACAUGAUGCUUCCAUUCGAUCGCUAUCCCUCCUCACAGACUUAUUAGACCUUCUAUAUCGCAUAAAAGAUGAAAUCAGUUGGGCCGAGGAGAAAUGGUUCGUUGCCGUCGGUCGCCUCCGGUCGCUCAGCGAGCUUCUCUCGUGGUUCAGGUUGAGCAUGAAGUCUCUUGAGCUCUACUUCCAACCCGGAGGCGUAAGCCCCUUCUACUUCAGAAAACAUCUCUUGGAUAAAACCUAUAUUCCCCGAUUGGAGCAAUACAAAAUUAUGUUCCUUCUUUCUAUGCAGCCCGAUUCCGAGGAGCGAACAAUAUUGGAUAAGCAAAUUCGAGGAGAUUUAAAACGACAUCGUGAUGUGGAAACUAGCGGCCUCAAAAACGACCAGCAGUUCGAAGAUGAGACCCUUGGUCUAACGAGUCGACUAUCCUCCAAACAGUACAUCACACUUGCAGAUCUCUGCAAUCGGCGACAACAGGGAUCAUGCUCGUGGAUUUUUGAAAAUUUGAACUUCAGACAGUGGCUGAUAGGAGGCUUCAGAACGCUGUAUUGUAUUGGACCUCCGGGUGCGGGGAAAACAUUCUUAUCAUCCACGAUCAUCGACUUCCUACAGAAGACCUUCACUUCGCCUGAUGUUGCAACGGUCUUUGUAUUCUGCCAGGGGGAGAGUGGGAAAGAGGGUCCAUCCAUAGACCUCUUGAAGACCAUUCUUGCUCAGCUGGUGUUCCGAAAACGCAGUCUGUCCUAUGCGACAUCCUCGCUAUACCACUCAGAAGCGAUGAGAUCGGGAAGUGCCUCCUCCAAGGCAUAUCAAAACGCCAUCCGAGCCGAAAUCAAUCGGUUCUCCAAAGUAAUUUUGGUGCUCGAUGGGCUUGAUACAUUUCCGGAUAAAGAUCGUAUCUUAGGCCGAAUGCACAAGCUCCCACAGCACACCCAACUUCUUGUUACACUGCGAGAAAUGAGUGGCGCAAAGCCACUUGAUAACUCUGGAUACGUGAGUGUUUUGGCACCACCUGAGGAUGUUGGACUCUACGCUCUCGGGCGCAUUAAGUCCGAUAGUAGCCUCCGCAAGAUCGUUGGAGAAAAGAAUCCAGAUCUCAAGAUUGAGGAUGAAAUUCUCCAUUCCGUGGUAGAAAAGUCUCAUGGAAUAUUUCUACUGGCAAAAAUACACCUUGAUCUCUUAUCGCAGUAUAAUGAUCGAAGUCUGCUUGAAAAAGCGCUCACUAAUCUUCCUGAAAAUCUUGCAGAGGCAUAUGGGGAAUCAAUGAAACAAGUCGUCAGUCAUAGCGCAUCUGCAACCCGUUACGUUUACUGGGUUCUUUAUGCCUUCAGGGCACUCUCAGUAACUGAACUUCGGAGUGCCGUUGAUGACGAUACCACUGCAAAGCCAGAUUCAAUGACAUUCGAGCAUUUCCUGCAAAUCCAGAGCGCUGGACUCUUGACAGUUGAUGCGGUAUCUGGGAGUGUUCGAUUCGUUCAUCGAACAGCAAUGGAAUACCUCGAGGGCUCUGCGGCCAGAGUCUUUUUCCCAGCAGCACAGAAGGACAUUACAGAGGCUUGCUUGUCAGCAAUCAGUCCUGAUGAAGUAGUGGAUGAUUGUUAUCAUAGUGAUAUGGGUCCAUCUCGCAUCAUGAACAAAGGUCUUAUCAAUUAUGCUGCGACUUAUUGGGGUCUACAUGCUCGAGAAGUAGAUGAGGAUGAGCAGACCUUCCAGGUACUGAUCAAAACUUUCCUCAACAAGCUUCUUUGGAGAAGACCACCAUUGGAUUAUGAAAGCGGAAGGGCACAUGGCAUGCCAUCUGAACUAGGCCUGGGAAAAUAUCCUAAUGACUGGACUGGCCUGCAUUAUCUGGCAUUCUUUGGGGUUCCCGGAAAAGCCAAGCGGCUGCUGGAGCAGGGUGCAAAUGUGAAUGCUCAAGAGAACGCCUUGGGUGUGACACCACUGCACUGCGCUGUUUACCAGGGCAAUGACGAAAUGGUGGAGUUCUUGCUUGAGAAAGGAGGCAGUGUCAAUGCAACCAACGCCUAUGGUCAGACCCCUUUACACAUCGCAUCUAUAAAAGGUCACCGCAAAUGCAUGAAGUUAUUGUUUGCCGAGCAUGUCGACUUUCACAAGGUAGACAACAAGGGUGAUUCGAGCCUUCAUUCUGCUGUGGGGACUGCAACCGACGAAUCUACCGUUCCACUUCUGGUUAAGCACAAGGUGGACUUGGAUUUACAGAAUCCGAGCAAUGGAAACACUGCCCUUCAUAUCGCCGUGCAAUGUCGAAGGCCAAGAAUUAUUUUGUUCCUCCUGGAAAAGGGAGCCGCUAUUGACAUCGCGAAUGACGAAGGCUACACUCCACUGCAAUUGGCGGCCAACAUGGAUAACUGCGAGGCAAUUUCUCUACUUCUCCAGCACUGUGCGCAAAUAGAGGCGAGGUCACUUUCCGGCCCUACUGCCCUACAAUACGCUGCAUGGCAAGGGCAUUGGAUUGCUUUUGAUCUUCUCCUCAUUGGCGGGGCUGAUAUCAACGUCUGGAAUAAGCAAGGGGAGACUUUGCUCCAUGAACAAGCUCGUUAUAGUGUUCACACGGGAGUUAUUACCAAACUUCUGAAUCAAGGCGCAAAUCUUGAAGCUCGCACAUCUCAGGGAUAUACGCCUCUCCAGUGUGCUGCUAUGAACGGAAACAAAAUUAUGUUCCGGUUGUUACUUGAUCGUGGGGCCAAAGUCGACGUCCAAACAGCAAAGGGUGAAACCAUCCUCCACCUCACCCCACCGUCCAACCAGAACUGUCUCGAUAUUCUGAAAAUGGCACUAGACGAAGGUCUCGAUGUGAAAGCAGUGUCUUUCCAAGGCUGGACUCCGCUCCACCAAACUGUUUAUACGGGAACAGGGGCUCCAGAAAUUUCAUCUGACCGCACUGCUGAAUAUAUUCAACUGUUGCUCUCCAACGGCGCCUCGAUAAAUGAGUUAACAGCCUCAGCCGCUGCUGAGACCCCUCUCCAUCUCGCAACGAAGUCACCCGUUCCACGUGCAUCUCUUGUUGAGUAUCUAGUUCAGCACGGCGCAGACUUGAACCCUACAAGCGGUGAUGGUAAGACCCCCCUUCACCUCGCUGCUGAACGUGGACGUGAGCCAAUAUUCCGCAUAUUACUCGAUUCUGGUGCCGAUCUGGCUCUUGAAAUCCCCACUGAAAAGCCUGGCCCAGUCAAGGGAGACAUUGAAGAAAACCCCGAGGACUUUUAUAAGGAAACCCCGAUCACUGCUCUCGAUCUUGCCAAGAAGAAUCCAUUUGGAUCGCUGUGGUUCGAUGAGGAUGGGCAGCUGCGCCCUGUUCCCCAACGGAGUGGAAGAGACAGUGCAACGACUGUUUUUGAAGAUGAGGAUUCGGAUGUCGCUGAGUCGGGUGUCACUGGUGAAUCUACGCUGGUGGGAAGUGAAGCUCCAGCCGUCAUAGACGUGUAG